GGGGAGAUAGAAUGGGAGGAAGAGAGACACUUGCAGCACUGCUUCACUGCUCCUGGGGACUUUCCCCUGUCAAGUGGCGGCCCAGGCUUGAACCCUGGUCCUUCUGUAUUGUAACAUGUGUGGAUACCAGGUGCACCACCACUUCCCUCCAUGUAUUUACUCUCAAGACUUAUCCAUUAAUAACUAAUGGGGAAGAGAACCUGAGCAUCACUCUGACACAUAAAAUAGCAGGACUCAGGCCUGGGACCCCUUGGUUGAGAUUCCCCAGCCUCAUCUACUGGCUGCAAUGAUUUUAAUUUUUUUAUAUUUAUUUAUUUUCCUUUUGUUGUUUUUUAUUGUUGUAGCUAUUAUUGUUGUUUUUAUUGAUGUCGUUGUUGUUGGAUAGGACAGAGAGAACUGGAGAGAGGAUGGUAAGACAGAGAGGGGGAGAGAAAGAUAGACACCUGCAGACCUGUUUCACCACCUGUGAAGCGACUCCCCUGCAGGUGGGGAGCCUGGAGCUUGAACCGGGAUCCUUAUGCGGAUCCUUGUGCUUUGUGCUACAUGCACUUAACCCGCUGCGCUACCGCCUGACUCCCUGAUUUUAAUUUUUAAACAAUAUCUGGCAUAGGAGGAGCCCAUAAAGAUAGGUGGUUCAGGAGACUGGAUUUAGAUUCAAGGAUGGGCUUGCUGAUAUGAGCUCAGGAGCGCUCCAAUACACAACAAGCGUCAAAUCAUUGCCAGCCAAGCGACUUUGGAAGACUUUAAUUCCAUCAAUUUGCUGAUGAAGUCCCAGGACCUGAGCUCUCCAGAGUCCUUUGCUGACCAGCCUAAACUCUACCAGAAUAACCCUGGGAGAUUCUUGAUAUCGCGUUUCAUUUCCACCAAGCCCGCUGAGGGGCACUGGAAGCAGGAGAGGGACCCCUUUAAGGAUUCGGCUCAUCCGGGUCAGGUGACCUGAGCCGUCGCUUAGCAACAGGACGCUUCUCCACCCUUCGCGGCUCAGGCUGCGCAGAGAAGUUUGCGGACUCUUCCUCCCUCGCGCCUGAGCCUCCCAGGUGGGCGGAGGCAGAAUGUGCGAGGAAGCCCCCCAAGAAAGCUCGGAGCUGGUGGAGGAUAAGGAGGAUAAGGAGGAUAAGGCCAAGCCCGUCCCGGAGAAAACCAGCGACUACUACUGCGUGAGCAAGGACCUGCCGGCCAGGUUCAAUAACCCCGCGUGGUUUCGGGGCUACAGGAGCAAGGAGCCCAUCUCAAUUUAUAGGACCAGUAAUCAGACCUAUGGGAACCGAGCCCCCACUGUGCAUGAGAUGCCGAAAGUAUUUUAUCCAAAUUCAAAUAAAUUUUCCAGACAACUUGCUGCUGGUGGCAUGUUCCAGAACAAUACUUUUAACAUCUACAUGGAGAAAAGUUUGGUGACAGGCCCAGACAACUUCAUCACCUCCUAUGACCGGCUCAACUUCCACCCCAGUUACAAUGCCAACAAGCCAUCCUUCUGUGAAUGACAGGGUCUCCUGACCCACAAGUGAGGAUCUGAGAAUGUUUCAUCCCUCUUUGAUGGGUUGCUCAGUUAUCCAGGUUCAGGCAUUGCUGUUUUCUCUGAAAAUAUUUUUCUCUGAUGACUUAGAAAAUUAUGCAACUGACUAUAAUGGCCUAUUUUAUACUUAAAAUGUUGAAAAGAUGUUAAUGUGUUCACUUCCUAUUAAAAAUACUGCCAUGUCCUGAA